AUGCCCAACUGCAAUCGCAUCUGGGUGCAGCACCGGACAUGUCCAGUGGGGCCUGUCGGCUGCCCACCACGUGUCCCGGGACGGGAGGGUGAGGCCCGCCAGGUGUCCCAGGACAGGAGGGCGAGACCUGCCACGUGUCCCGGAACGAGUGGGCGAGGCCUGCCACUUGUCCCGGGAUGGGCGGGCGAGGCCCGCCAUUUGUCCCGGGACGGGCGGGCAGGGCCCGGCACGCGUCCCGUGACGGGCGAGCGGGGCCCAACAGUGUCAGAUGGGCCAGGAAUGGGAGGCGGUGCCCGACAGGUGUCCCGGUAUGAGCGGGCAAGGCCAGCCACAUGUCCUGGGAUGGACAGGGAAGGCGCACCACGUGUAGCAGGACGGACAGGCGAGGCCCGCUACUUGUUCUGGGAUGGGCGGGCUAGGCCCGCUGUGUGUCCUGGAACGGGCGGGCGAGGUCCGAUGAUUGUCCCGGGACGGGCAGUUGAGGCCCACCAAUUGUCCUGGGUGUCCAGGGACGGGCGGGUGAUGCCCUCCACGUGUCCCGGGACGUUAGAUAUGGCAUUUGUCCAAAACAUAAGGGUAAAAAAAGAGGAAAUAUGGGAAAAUGGAGAGCUUAUGACUUAA